AUGCUGUCGAAAGCCAGGCAGGCGUUUGCGGCAGAAUUGUUGAUGGAGUAUCUGGAGAAGCAUGAGAUUUUGUUUCCAACUCAGCACGAAUUUCAGCACAAGCGUACGUGCACUACAAAUCUACCUGUUGCACGAGAUGAGUGGACAAAAUCCGACGAUGCAGGCGAUCCAUUGGGCAUAGUUUAUUUGGACUUCUCGAAAGGAUUUGUUUGA